AUGAAGCAGAUAUUUCUUUUCUUCGCCAUCUUUUCAGCUGUUCUUUCAGUAGGAGAAGGUCAGCGAUUCCGACGAACAUGUCCAAAUGUUAACACGAAAGCAGAUUUCAACAUCACAGCAUACGAAGGUGACUGGUAUGAGCAAAAAAGGUUUCCGGCCAUAUUUGAACUCGGAUUGACAUGUGUUAAGGCCAACUACCUCUUAUUACAAAAUGGAGACAUUCGAGUCACUAACUCAGGCAUAAACAGAUUGUUCCGUACUCCAUCAGUAUCUGUUGGAAGAGCCACGGUACCGGAUCCUGCAGAGCCAGGCAGAUUAUCCGUCAGUUUCGGUGGUAAUGGUUCCGGUCCAUACUUGAUUCUUGCUACUGAUUAUAAAGACUAUGCCCUUGUCUACUCGUGUCAGUCCUACUUUAAUCUCUUCGCCGUCGAGUUCGCGUGGAUCCUUAGGCGAGACAACAGUCAGCAGCUACAAUCUGACCUUCGGAGUCGGUUGUAUUCCAUAUUACUUAAGUACGAUAUUCAGCCAUCCCGGUUUCUGGACGUUUAUAAUCCUACCUGUUAG